AUGAUUAAGAAAAAUAACAAGGAAAACUUAUAACCUAUCACUAUUAAUAUGCCUAAAAGGAUUACUAAAAUUCCUAUUAGUUCAAAUAGUAAUUACUCUAAUUCCUCUUAUAUUGAAACCUCAAGAUCUCCUAAAGUUAGUUGUAUUUUACUUUAUCUAUUAUUUUAGAAUUAUAUCAAAAUAUUUAGUAGUCUAUAGAUUAUAAAAUAGAUGAUAUAUAAAAUAAUCAACCAAUCAAUAUUAUUUCAACACAUUAAUAAAAAAUUAGAGACAAAAUCAGAGGUUACAAUAAAACACCUACAAUUACAAGUUCAUAAGAUAUUAAAGAUUCUUUUAAUAUUUGGGAUGAUGAUCAAGAACUUGAUGGAAAUAUCAUAUAAAAUUAUACAUAAAGAUAUUAAUAAUAUGGUAAUUUUAUUUAAAACAAUCUAUCCUAAGAUGAAAUUGCUUUCAAUAUUUUAAAAUUGCUUGGAAUGAAAUAUAAAAUGAAAAAUUUAGGAAAAAUUCCAUUUUUUCAUAAUGAAAUCAAAAAAACAACUAAUUAUUUUGUUCCUCCAUAAAAAGUUUGGAAAUUAAAUAAAAAAACUACUUAAAAUUUUACUUUAUCAACUUCCAAUUAAAAUUCAUAAAAUUCGAAAUCGAGAUUAAACUUUUAAGAAAUUUAAAAUUAGAAUAAAACAAAUUUAAGAUAACUCAGUUCUCCUGAUAUCUUAAAAAUGAAAUUUAAGUAAUUAAAGAUUAAAUGA